AUGGCCCAACAGCAGCGAAAGCAACAAAAACCGUUGGAUGAAAAGAAAGACGAAGCCAAAAUACCGACUCACCUCAAAUUCAUAUUCGCGGGACUUUCUUCGAUGGGGGCUGCCGCCGUGGUGCACCCCAUGGAUUUGGCAAAGACACGCAUGCAAAUAGCCGCCAGCGACGGCAGCAAGCCACCCACCACACCACUGAAAGUACUGAAGACAGCCGUUAAAAAUGAUGGCUUCCGCGGCUUGUACAAAGGAUUAAGUGCUUCCUUACUGCGUCAAGCGAUCUACUCAACCACACGCAUUGGCAUUUAUACAACCGCCUCCGAAUAUUACCGUAAUGCUUACCAGAUUCAGCCACCAUUGGCCAUGCACGUACUCAUAGCCUUUGUUUCCGGUGCUAUGGGCGCCUAUGCAGGCACACCCGCCGACGUGGGCCUAGUACGCAUGAUGACCGAUGCACGUUUGCCGCCAGCAGAACGUCGUAACUACACAAGUACUGUCAACGCGUUGACGCGCAUCGUUAAGGAGGAAGGCGUGCUGACGCUUUGGCGUGGCGCUGUGCCGACAGUGGGUCGUGCCGUUGUAGUGAACGUGGCGCAAUUGGCAUCCUACUCGCAGUUCAGGGAAUUGGCGCAGUCCAAGCUGCAUGUGCGCCAUGGACUCGGUCUGCAUUUGAUAGCAAGCAUAGGUUCUGGUGUACUGACUGCGACUGCUUCACUGCCGGUGGACAUAGGAAAGACGCGCAUACAGAAUAUGAAAGUGAUUGAUGGGAAGCCGGAGUAUAGUGGCCUCUUCGAUGUGAUUAUUCAGAUAAGCAAGAAGGAAGGUGUCCUAUCGUUGUGGCGUGGCUACAUACCGUACGUUUUGCGUGUGGCACCAGGAACUGUUGUUGUUUUCAUACUUUUAGAACAACUAAAUACGGCUUACUUUAAGUAUGCCUUGGGUGAAGAAUAUAAAUCGACAAUAUGA